AUGACUAAACCACCUAUAAGUUAUAUGGGAUUAAUAAUAUUAGCUAUACAAAAUAGUCCAGAUCAAAAAUGUACUGUAAAUGGUAUUUAUCAAUAUAUUAUGGAUCAUUAUCCUUAUUAUCGAGAAAAUCAAGCAGAAUGGCAACGAUCUAUUCGAUAUAGUUUAGUAUUCAAUGAGUCUUUUAUUAAAGUUGCACGAAAUGAGAAACAACCAGGUAAAGGAAGUUAUUGGGUGUUGCAUCCUCAUUUAUAUGAUAUGCGUGAAAAUGGCACAUUUUUACGACAACGUCGUCGUCGUCGUUUUAAAUAA